AUUGAAGUUGGUAAUGAUCCUUAUGUAAAGAUUUUUCGCUCUCAUAUGAUAAUUUUAAAUUAUCGCUCUCCCUAUUUGCGAAGAAUUUUAUCAACUAACGCUAAUAAUAAAAAGAAUGAUGAUGGAAUCUUGGUACAUAUUAAAUUACCAAAUAUUUUUCCUGAAAUUUUUCAAAUGAUUUUAAGAUAUAUUUAUGGGGGAAGACUUUUUUUAGAGGAAUAU